GAAGGCUUCGAGUGGUGGACGUUUCCUUGGCCAUUGCAGCUGCGAGCAGCCACCGACGCGGAGAUCCAAGAGGCCGAGCCGAUCAGGGCGCGCCUUCGGGACUGCAGUGGCAAAUCGCGCCAGCGCAGAGUCCAGGGAUCCGAUUUAGUGCGCUCUGCGGAAGAUCCGACCCCAAGUGGCGACGAUUUCGCUGAGCACGCAGAUUCGGCGAUGCACGGCGAUUUCCGCUCGGAGUUCCCGGUGGCCGCAAAGAGUAUGGACACGAGCAAGGAGAUUGCCGCAGCGCAGUCUAUCGUUGACCGGAUGACCACCGAGGGCAAUUUUGACAUCGACCACUUCGCUAG